AUGCCGUCACUUGGCGCAGCUUCGGCCGCGCGUGCUGUGCAUCCGUCCCCGACGCCCUCGAUUUCUCAUCAGUUCGACGAAGCCAACUUGCGAAACAACGCCCGACACAUCCACUGGGGCGCUGAGGAAGUCUUUGAGGACGAUGCAAAAGCAGAGAGUGAAGGCGCGGAUGGAACGGAGGUGGAGGAGGAACAGCUCUCGGACGGUCUUGUCCUCGCCAUUACCGCUGCGAAGAGCAAGGUCGCCUGCUGCUACUUCGACCCUGCAAGCGACAAGAUCUUCUUCCUCGAAGACCAGCAAGACUCGCCUGAGUGGGACUUGACGGCUCUCGCCCUCGAGCAACUCGCACCAAAGUUCGUGCUCACAUGUGCUAAUGCCGAUGCCGACUUCCUCCAAGCGGUCGAGGAGAAGCUCUCGUCCCUCGCACCCGACAGCUCCAACGCUUCUUCACUUGGCCCCGAUGGAACGCCUGUCCGCAUCGAGUACCGCCCCAACCGCGACUUCUACGCCGGAAGCGGCAAGAACGCUCUCUAUCGAGUCCACAUCACCGAGGGAGGGUGGUACGCACCUGCUGAGGAAGAAGCUGUCGGAUCCGACUCGGGCUCGACGCACGACCAGCAAGAUAGCAACGACUUUGCUCUCGGCGACGCUUACGACUUCGGCCGCCCUCGUGCCAAGCGCAGGAAGCUGGGCUGCGCGGGUGCUCUCCUCGGCUACAUCACAAGGCAACGGACCGAGGCUGGCGAGCUUGAGAACGAUCUUUUCGAGGUCAGCGGACUUGAGCUGAUGCGACUCGACAAGGUCAUGCACAUCAAUUCGGACGCCUUGACCUCUCUCCAGAUCUUCUGCGAAGAGUCGCACGCUUCGGCGCACUCGCGCUCGACGAAGGAAGGCCUGUCUCUCUUCGGCAUCGUCAACAUCGCUCACACGCCACUGGGUCGCGCCCUGAUGAGGCAGUGGUUCCUCCGACCCUCGCUCGAACUGGACGUGAUCGAGUCUCGCCAAGCGGCCGUCGAGUGCUUCCUCCGCGAGUCGAACCAGCACAUCGUCGACGCCAUCUGCAAACACCUGCGCAACGUGAAGAACACGCCGCGCCAGCUGAAGGCCCUCGCGAGCGGAAAGAGCACGAUCAAGGAGUGGCAGGCCGCCUGGUCGCUCAUCUACGCCGCGAUCAUGAUUCGCGACGCCACAAGCCAGCUCGUCCACAAGACCGGCGUCGAGGUGAUCGACAAGCUCGCGGCAGCGUACGAUGUUGCGCAGAUCAAGGAGAUUGCCGACAUGAUCAACGACAUCAUCGACUGGGAAGAGUCGGCGCGGCAGAACGGCAAGGUCUGCGUUCGUCCCGGAGUCGACGCUACGCUCGACGAGCUUCGCCGCAAGUACAACGGUCUCGGUUCUUUACUGUCGAAAGUCGCGGUCGAGAUCUCGCAGGAAGUGCCGCCCGGUCUUGCCGGCGAGCUCUCGGUCGUCUACUUCCCUCAGCUCGGCUACCUGAUCACAAUCGCCUACGAGCCGGAAGUGACCGACGCCGGAAAGUACGGGCAGUUUGGCUGGGACUUCCAGUUUGUCACAGAGAUGCAGGCAUACUUCAAGAACGAAAAAUGCCGCGACAUGGACCGCCACCUCGGAGACUUGCAGUCGUUCAUCUCGGUCCACGCCCUCCUCAGCCAUGUCCUCGCGAUCCGCGACCAGCUGAUCGCCUCCGUCGCCAUCUUCUCCGAGCUCGACUGCCUGAUCGCGUUCGCUGAAGCCGCCAAGCUGUACAACUGGACGAGGCCAGUCAUGACGGAGGAGCCUGUCUGCAAAAUUCUCAAGGGACGCCACCCACUGUCGGAGCUCUGCGUCGAUACUUUCGUCCCGAAUAACACGUCCUUGACCGGCGGGCUCGGUAUCAAGCGCUCGCCCGACGGAGUGGACGAGAAGCCCGACUUGCAGGAAAUCUCGCAGGACGAGAAGAGCGUCAUCAUCGUUACAGGCGCCAACUUCAGCGGCAAGAGCGUGUACCUCAAGCAAAUCGCGCUCAUCACCUUCAUGGCUCACAUCGGCUGCUUCGUCCCGGCGGAGGAUGCACUGAUCGGCUUGACGGACCGGAUCAUGACGAGGGUCUCGACGAAGGAGUCGAUUACGAGGGGCUCGUCGGCGUUCAUGAUCGACCUCCAGCAGAUCUCCUUCGCCCUCCGCAACCUCACCCUCCGCUCGCUGCUCAUCAUCGACGAGUUCGGCAAAGGAACCGAGCCUGACGACGGAGCGGGCUUGUUCUGCGGCGUCGUUGACCACCUCGUCGGGCUUGGAAGCGGGACUCCUCGCGUCGCCAUCGCCACGCAUUUCCAGCACGUCUUCACCAACGGCCUCCUCUCGCGCCAGCUCCCCAUCUUCCUCGCGCACAUGGAGGUGCUCGUCGUCGAGCCGUCGCCUGAUGGACGCGAGAGGGAUGAAAGGAGGGGAGCAGGAAGGGAGUUUGACGAGUUGACGUAUUUGUACCGUCUCGCCCCAGGCCUCUCACUCUCCUCGCACGCCCUCUCCUGCUCCUCACUCUUCGGCAUCCCACCCUCUCUCCUCUCCCGCGCCGCAGCCAUCACGCACGCACUCUCGACUUUCUCGCUCGACUCGCUCACGCUCGGGGAUGAGAUGGGGAAGGACGAGAGGAGCGAGUUGUGUGAGGCGGAGCGGGUGGCGAGGAGGUUUGUCGGUUGGGAUGUGCCGGCAGAGGGGAAGGAGGAGAUGGGAGCGGAAGAGGUCAGGGCGUUGGUGAGGAGUUUGUUGGACGUUGAGGGAUAG